AUGUUAUCGAGGCGUAAUCACAUUCUGACCCCGGCUUGUGUUUUGAUGGCGCUGACAAAGCGACGUCGACGGGAUGAAGUUGAGCAAAGUGAACUCGAUGAGGUUCUAAUCGAACUGCGAGAAACUGCCGUGGGUGAUCGCCAGUCGAGAUCCUGUGUGAAUCGUCUCCGGAACAAGAGAAAUGAACCAAAGACUUUGAGAUGGUGCACAGAAAACGUGCGGUUGUCGAGCACAAUGAGCACUCGGCGUCACCUGGGGAACUGGUGCACUGUCCCUGGCAUACUCGACGUGAUUAUGCACCCCUUUUAUUUAGUCUCCGACAUCACCAUCUUUGUUCACGUGAUUGUCUCCGAUGCCAAGGACAAAGGAGGCUUGUUGAAGUCAGUGGCAGAGAGGCAGGAUAGGAAGUUGCGGCUUCGUGUUAACGAAUCAGCCUCUGAUUAG